GUCGAAGGCCUUGCUCUUGCAGGCCAGCUCCAGGUCGGUCAGGAACCUGGGGAGCAGAGCGGAGGAGGUGAGGGGGAGUCCCGUUUCUCAUGGAGAAGACGACAACGUCGGACUCCACGAGGAAGUCUUGGAUAGUGUUGAGCCAUGAAACUGUUUCCGGGAACAGGGUACCAGCAGUAAACAUGGCGGAGGAGCUGCUGGAAGCAGUGGAGAGACUCCAGUCUCGGCUCUCGGAGAAUUUAGAGCCCAAAAAGCUCCUGAAGACUCUGAGACGACUAGGGGAGCUGCCUAUGACCGUUGAGAUACUCGUGGACACUGGCGUUGGGAAAACCGUCAAUUCUUUCCGGAAGCAUGAGCUAGCGGGCGAGGUGGCCAAAGGCCUGGUCGCCAAAUGGAAGAAGCUGGUUCCCCAGCCGGGGGCCGACAGACACAGCAUCAGCCUCCACAAGGAGGCCCCCCGGUCACAAGCCCCCCCUCGGGGCCACCAUGAAGCCGCCGGUGGCGGCGGCGGCGGGGGCCACCGACGAGCCAGGUCGCCCACACCUCAGCCAGAGGAGGAGGAAGAGGAAGAGGAGGAGGAGGAGGAGAUGGAGGAGCGGCAGCAGAGACGGCAUCGGGAGGAGGAGAUGGUGACGGAGGAGGAGGAAGAGGAGCCGGGCUACAGCCGAGGCUACUCCCCUCCCCCCCCCCCCCCCCAGCACCACCAGCACAGCCCCCCGCGGCACGAGCGCUACAGCCCGCAGCCCCGAGGUGGGGGCUACCGGUCCGACGAGUACGACGACAGCCCCCAGCCCAGCCCCCCGCCCGUGGCCCCGUCGCCGCCCCCCCCCGCCCGCGGCCGCGACGCCCCCAGACACGGCAAGCCCCACAAGGGGCCCGGCGGCGCUGCCCCGGCCCAGCCGCCGCAGGCCACCCGCGGUUCCCACGGUGACCGGCGGGACCGAGAACGAGUGGAGGAGAGGCCGCAGAAGAAGCGCGUGGUGGAGGCGGAGUGGUCUCCGGGAGGCGGGGCCAAGACGGCCAAGCACAGCCGGCACGCCACCCCGCCCGAGGGCAAGAGGGAGAAGGAGAGGGAGAAGGAGAGGGAGAAGGAGAGGGGGGAGAGGGGGGAGAGGGAGGAGAGGAAGAAGGGAGGAGCUGAUGGGCGACCCCAGGCACCCAAAGACCCAGGUCCCGGCGAAGAGGAUGACUCCGAUGCCCCCACCAUGUCCUUUGAGUCCUUCCUCAUGUACGACGCUUCGCCGAAGACGCCGAAGAAGAAGAAGAGUAAGCCCUCCUCCUCGUCGUCCUCGUCACACAGCCGGCCCCCCCGCCCGUCGUCAUCCUCGUCUUCCUCCCACGCACGGACCCAGCCGGCCGCUGCCUCUUCCUCCUCCUCCUCCUCCUCCUCAUCCAAGCCCAGCAAGUCCAACGGUACGAAGAGCAGCAAGAAGUCCGAGAUGGUUUCCUCCCCGGUCGCCGCGACGCCUGAGAAACGCAGGAGGGUUGUGGAGGCGGUCCCUGCAAUGCCAGACUUCCCCCUACCAGCCAUCCAGCCCAACUACAGACCCCUGCCCUCUUUGGACCCCCAGCCCUUGUCCCCACAAAGACGCAAAGUCCCCCAGGCCAACGGGGAGGAUGAGUCAGGGUUCACAGGGAAGCGGUUCAACUCCAAGAUGACGGUCUACUCGGGUACCAAGACAGCCUACCUGCCCAAGAUGAUGUCCCUCUACGAGCAGUGCCUCCGCGUGCUGCAGAACAACAUCGACUCCAUCGACGAGGUGGGCGGGGUCCCCUUCCUGAUCCUGGAGCCGGUGCUGGAGCGAUGCACACCAGAGCAGCUCUACCGCAUCGAGGAAUGCAACUCGUGUUUCAUCGCGGACUCUGACGACCUGUGGUUGCGCCACUGCCAGCGGGAUUUCCGGCGCUCGGCUCCCGAGGAGUACGAGUCGUGGCGGGAGAUGUACCUGCGGCUGCACGACGAGCGAGAGGAGCGGCUGCGGAUGCUCACCCAGAACAUCAGCUCGGCCCACGCCAACAAACCCAAAGGGAGACAGGUGAAGAUGGCGUUCGUGAACUCUGUAGCCAAGCCGCCGCGUGACGUCCGGCGGCGCCAGGAGAAGUUCGGCACGCUCUCCACCUCGACGGCCCGCUCCGCCGCCGCCGCCGCACCCAUCAAAAUCCGGCCGGCCACCUCCUACUCGGUCCCCGGUGACCCCAGCCAGUUCUCCUCCUCCUCCUCAGCCUCCUACUCCCAGGGCAGCCCCCCCCACGGCUCUGCCCGCGCCUCCCUGGGGGCCGCGGUGGGGGGACCACCGGGACGGGAUAAGCCAGUUGUCAAAAAAAUCGCCCCCAUGAUGGCCAAAACAAUCAAGGCAUUCAAGAACCGUUUCUCCCGGCGGUAGAAAGAAGGAAAUAACGAACUGAAUAUAUUUUAUCAAUUUUUAACCUUCACUAAGAUGGAGAAUUUAAGUUUAAUUUAUGUUCAUUUUAUUUUCACACACACACACACACCCACACACACCCACACACACACACACACACACACACACACACACACACACACACACACACACACACACACACACACACACACACACACACACACACACACACACACACACACACACACACACACACACACACACACACACCCAAAACAUAAUUUUUUGGGGGAAUGGAGAGAAAUGGAAUUUCCAUGUUGAUGGAUGUAUUUUUAGAAUUUUACAAAGUAUUUAUAUUGUGAAAUGUGAUCAGUGAGUGUGCGAUAUGUUUAGGUGUUGGGUGAUUUUCGCUGACGAAAUUAAGGGGGAGGUCCAAACGGAAAAGUUAUUUUCCACGUAGGAUGUCCGCGUCGUUUUUCCACCUAAUCUCUCUUUGAACCUGUCCCUAGCAUACUCGCUUCACGAUUGUUCCCUAAAAGGGUGAUAUACAGCAGGUCUAUACUGUCGUUUCAGACGGCACAUUUCCACCGUGGGAUAAUAUUCCUCCUGAAACACGUACACUACAUCAGACCGACAUUGCAGAGAAUUCUGCCUUUUUUUAAAACAAAAAUAAGGAAAUCUUACAAAUGUUUCUCGGUAGAGUAACCCCCCCCCCCCCCCCCCAAACACAAAGCAUACAAUGGCUGGUUAGUGACUUGGGAUUCUUUUUAAAGGACAACUGAAAAGGCACAUCUGCUAAUUCUUAACCCUAUGUGUAUUUUCUUUUUCUUUUUUUUAUUGUGCUCCAUAUCCACUGUAAUGCAAUUGAAAAUUCAAUAUUUUGAACAAGGUGUAUUUGAAAAUGAUUAUAGAUGAACUAUUGAUCGCUACAGCUUCACUUCGACACUGAUCAUGAUGUAUUUAUUUCGAUCCUCGAAACUGGAACCAGAAAACUGGGACAGCAAAGAUCAUGGGACAAAAAGUUAUUUUAUUAGAUUUUAAUAAAUGUUAUAUGGAGAUUUUUAAUAAAAGCUUUUUUUUUGUUUGCCCUUA